CAGAGAGCCUUUUCCAGCAGAGGACAAAGCCUCUGGCUGUGAGCUCUCUGGGACAGAGUGGAGGGUGUCUAGACACACCGGCUGGCUCUGAGGCCCCGACAGGACAGAGGACGGGAGAGGAAGAGCCAUUCAAGGGGCUCCAACCCCCAGAAGCUCAUCACCGGCAGCACUCAAAACCAGGGGAGUUUGGGAGAGGUUACUGAUCUCCAGUCAUUCUGUUGAGAAUCAAACUUGUCUCCAUGGAGACCAGGGAAUCUGACGAUUUGGAAAAGCCUGGGAAGAAAUCAGUGCAUGAGUCGGCCUGUGUGAGACCUGAGCUCCUCUCAGAAGAUGAAAAGACACCCCAAGCUGACCAGGAGACGCAAGACAAAGAACCCGGCUACUACAUCUCAAUCCAGAGAAACUCCAUCUUCAACCGCACCGUAAGACACAGAAGCAAAGGCAAAACCAGAGGCACUUCCAAACGGAACGCCGGCCACCAGGCAGGUACACUGGAAAAUGGGAAAUCUGUAAAUGAGCCCUCAACUUUGAAUUUCCCCCAGAGCAGAACAUCAACUCGGAGGGACCCAGGAGCCAGGAGAACGAGCGAGUCGUCCUCCACCCCGGGAAAUGGGGCCACACCCGAGGAGUUCCCGGCCCUCGCCGACAGCCCUACCACGCUCACCGAGGCCCUGCAGAUGAUCCACCCCAUUCCCGCCGACUCCUGGAGAAACCUCAUCGAGCAAAUAGGGCUCCUGUAUCAGGAAUACCGAGAUAAAUCAACUCUCCAAGAAAUUGAAACCAGGAGGCAACAGGAUGCAGAAAUACAAAGCAGUGCCGAUGGGUCCCCCACCAGCGAAGAGACACCGGAGGAGGAUGAGGAAGAAGAGGAGGAGGAGCUGGCAAGCCCACCGGAGAGGAAGGCUCUGCCCCAUAUCUGCCUGCUCAGUAACCCCCACUCCAGAUUUAACCUCUGGCAAGAUCUCCCUGAGAUUCAGAGCAGCGGGGUGCUGGACAUCCUCCAGCCAGAGGAGAUCAAACUGCAGGAGGCCAUGUUUGAGCUGGUCACCUCGGAGGCCUCCUACUACAAAAGUUUGAACCUGCUGGUGUCCCACUUCGUGGAGAACGAGCGGCUGAAGAAGAUCCUGCACCCGUCCGAGGCGCACAUCCUCUUCUCCAAUGUGCUGGACGUCAUGGCCGUCAGCGAGCGGUUUCUUUUGGAGCUGGAGCGCCGGAUGGAGGAGAACAUUGUCAUAUCGGAUGUGUGUGACAUCGUGUACCGUUACGCCGCCGACCACUUCUCGGUCUACAUCACCUACGUCAGCAACCAGACGUACCAGGAGAGGACCUACAAGCAGCUGCUCCAGGAGAAGGCAGCCUUUCGGGAGCUGAUCGCACAGCUGGAGCUGGACCCCAAGUGUAGGGGGCUGCCCCUCUCCUCCUUCCUCAUCCUGCCUUUCCAGAGGAUCACGCGCCUCAAACUGUUGGUUCAGAACAUCCUGAAGAGGGUGGAAGAGAGGUCUGAGCGGGAAUGCACUGCCUUGGACGCGCACAAGGAGCUGGAACUGGUGGUAAAAGCAUGCAAUGAGGGCGUCAGGAAGAUGAGCCGCACAGAGCAGAUGAUCAGCAUUCAGAAGAAGAUGGAGUUUAAGAUCAAGUCGGUGCCCAUCAUCUCCCACUCACGCUGGCUGCUGAAGCAGGGUGAGCUACAGCAGAUGUCGGGCCCCAAGACGUCCCGAACCCUGCGGACCAAGAAACUCUUCCGGGAAAUUUACCUCUUCCUCUUCAACGACCUGCUGGUGAUCUGCCGGCAGAUUCCCGGAGACAAGUACCAGGUGUUUGACUCAGCCCCACGGGGCCUGCUGCGAGUGGAGGAGCUGGAGGACCAGGGCCAGACGCUGGCCAACGUCUUCAUUCUGCGGCUGCUUGAGAACGCGGAUGACCGGGAGGCCACCUACAUGCUGAAGGCGUCCUCUCAGAGCGAGAUGAAGCGUUGGAUGACCUCACUGGCCCCCAACCGAAGAACCAAGUUUGUUUCCUUCACAUCACGGCUGCUGGACUGCCCCCAGGUCCAGUGUGUGCACCCGUACGUGGCCCAGCAGCCGGACGAGCUGACGCUGGAGCUGGCCGACAUCCUGAACAUCCUGGACAAGACAGAGGAUGGGUGGAUCUUUGGCGAGCGUCUGCAUGACCAGGAGAGAGGCUGGUUCCCCAGCAACAUGACUGAGGAGAUCUUGAAUCCCAAGAUUCGGUCCCAGAACCUCAAAGAAUGUUUCCGUGUCCACAAGAUGGAGGACCCUCAGCGCAGCCAGAAUAAGGACCGCAGGAAGCUGGGCAGCCGAAAUCGGCAAUGACCCCUGGCCCCCAGCCUGGUGGAGGGAUACGGGCAGGCAGGAGCAGGCCCAACAGGCAAACCCCAACGGACAGUGGAGGGGCUCUGGGGGAAGGCCAGCGCCUCCCCAGGCAGCAGGGUGUGACCUGGGGUGCCUUGUGCAGGAGCCACGCCCACCCCUCAUCCCUGCCACGUGGUUAGUGCUCAUGUGUCUCGGCCCCUCGCUCACAAGCUGGAGAAGGGGUGUCCACAUCUCUCCUCUGCUGUGCUUGUAAAUGAGAAAGUGUAUUUUAAACAGUAUUACACCACUUCUUCUUCUUGUCACCUAGAAGGGGUAGACAGAGGACUGGCAUGCUCCAGGGGCCUUCCCAGGCACUGGAAGAGGCCUCAGACCCAGGGUGUCCCUGGCUAAGGGCAAGUGCAAAGGUGAUGAUUGUCACGACCACCUGCACGUGUCCUCUGCCCUGGAAGCCGUCAGAAUCAGCCAGGCGCACAGGUGGACCACCACUGCCUGAUGAGCUUGAUGAGCGGCCCUUGGUCUCGGGUUCAAAGGACUGAGAGACCAACCGCCUCUGUCCACCCCCUCCCCGCACCUCCGCCAGCCUCUGGCUGCACGGCCAGGCCCUGCCUCAUGGCAGGCCUACCAGAGCUUGGCCGAGGGCCCAUGCCGCCUUUGGCUCCCUGAUGGGCUGGACCUAAAUUGUAUCUUCUGGCCCCUUUAGGAGCCCAGGUGUUAUAAAGGAAUGACUUGGUCACUGCAUCCUGUAUGGGUUAUGGUUCCAAGAAAAGCAAAUAUCAUUUUUGGCUGCAUUAAAAGAAGCAUCAUGUAUAAAAUAAA